GCCAAGGAGAGCCAGUGCCGCGCUGACCAACGGCUAGCAAGGAGACGUGCGGAGUGCCAGUGGGAGGUUUCUUGCCUCGGCUGCGUUACUGUUCAUUGAACUGAUUCUUGGCAGGGCUUCAGGAUGGUAUUAGGCAUCGUGGGCGCCCUCGCAGGCCUGGUGAAGGUAAGGUACUCCCAUACCUACGUGGACAGCCUGGUCUUCCGCUUCCACUACCACUGGACUUCAGCUUUCUGCUUCCUGGCCUGUGUUUUCGUCACGGCGGCGGACUUCGUUGGGGAUUCGAUUCUGUGUUUGAACGGGUUCGAUGAAGCGCCCAAGCCUGUUACGACCUACUGUUGGGUGGAGUCCACUUUCACCAUCAACUCUACAAAGCCUGGUUUCGGGGGCCUCGGCAACUACAACCCUAAGGCCCACGAGAAAAGGAUCCACGGCUAUUACCAGUGGGUCCCGCACGUCCUCUUUCUACAGGGCAUCCUCUUCUACCUUCCUCACUUAGUCUGGAAGAGCUAUGAAGGAAAGCAAGUGGACCAGCUCUUGCAGGGUCUCAACAAGAGCCUUUUUGACGAUGACGAAGAGCAAAAGAAGAAGAAUAUCGUGGAGUAUCUCUCUGAAUCGUGGGGUCUGAACAACCGGUAUGCCUUUGGUUAUCUUGCGUGUGAGGUCCUCAACUUCGCCAACGUGCUGGGCCAGAUGUUCCUCAUGGACCGUUUCCUGGGCGGCUUCUUCAUGAAUUAUGGGACGAAGGUGAUUCAGUUUCUGGCUUCCGACGACAAGAUGCGAACGGACGCCCUGUACGAGGCUUUCCCCCGCCAGACCAAGUGCAUGUUCCACAAGUACGGAGCUACGGGGACUAUCGAGAGGUUGGAUUUCCUGUGCAUUCUCCCUCAGAAUAUUGUUAACGAGAAGGUGUUCCUCGUCAUGUGGUUUUGGUUCGUCGUUCUCGUCACACUCACGGCGAUACAGCUGAUCUGGCAGCUGCUAGUCCUGUACAGCCCCCUUCUGCGCCUCCGCCUGAUAGAGAGCCACAUCAAGGGCAAGCUCUCCCCCAGGGCCGAGCAGGUGAUCCGGGGCAUGCACGCAGGGGACUUCUGCCUUCUGGAAGCCCUGGGCCGCAACCUGAACCCCCUGGCCUUCAGGGACGUCCUCCACGGAAGCACCGAGGCAGGACAUCGGUACCUGGCCAGCGCCCCGGGUCUUGGCACGUAUCGGCCGCGCGACGCCACCGCCCCCAACGUUGAGAGACUCUACCCGACGCUGCCCCAUAGCUAGGGGGGUGGGAAUGGGCGUGGAUGUGGGCUGGUGGGUGGUUGAUGGGGGCGGGGACAAUGGGCGUGGGUUGUGUGUUGAGUGUGUGUGUUAAAGUGUUUUUUGUAGUCUCGUUUCGUCUAAGCAUAUUUGUAGCUCAGUUAAUAAAGAUUCUAUAUAGAA